AUGGCGUUGUCCGCUGCGUUCUUGGUCUACUCGGGCGUGAUGCCCCUUAUCAAAACGUUCGCCACACUGAUAUGCGGCUACGUGCUCGUCAAGCUGGACAUGUUCCCACCGGCCGCCUCUCGGGGAGUGUCCAUCAUCAGCAUGAACAUCGCUCUUCCGGCACUCAUCUUCGCUAACAUCGUCCCCUCUUUCACGCCUUCCAACGCGUCAGCCCUCGGUCCCCUGCUCAUGAUGGGCUUCGUCUACCAAGGCAUGGGCUUCGUUAUGGGAGUCCUGAUACGAGAGCUGUGCUACGUCCCUCAAAACUUUUGGCAAGGGAUCAUCGUCCUGACGGGGAUGAGCAAUUGGGGCAACCUCCCGAGCGCGAUCGUCAUGUCUGUCACUCAACAGCCCCCAUUCAAUCCCGCUCUCGACCCUGCUCUUGGCGUCUCGUAUGUGUCCAUCUUCUCCGUCACUUACCAUACCGUGUUCUGGGUAUGCGGCGCAGCCAACUCGCUUGCUUGGGAUUACCUUCCUGGGGUUCCGCAGGGAGAGGACGCUGAGCGUCGUGUGUCCUGGAAGGAAAAGCCUAUUGGGCGUCUCGUUGCUCGUGCCUUGCGUCUUCCGAUUGUGCCUACGCCGCCCUUUGUGCCGCAAUCUAACAAGAAGGACGAAGAGGCAUUUCCUACGAAAGAAGAUAGGUCCUCGCCCUCGCCAUCAUCCACCGACAGUAGUACUGUCGACACUCCAAUCACCAACGUGCCCACCAUUGUGAUUACGGAGGAACCAAAGGUCGACUCCGAAAUGCAGCUCGUUUCCCGGCUAUCUCCUCUAUCCGCAGGGUCCACGAUAAGAUCGCGGCGUCUUACUAUCGUCAUCCCUCCUACGCCCGUCCGUGUGUCAGCGACGCCCUCUCCUCUCCGUCCCUCAGUGCCAUCGACUCCGGGCUGGGCAACUGCUCCUUCCUCUCCCACACGUAAACGCAGCAGGCUUCGCGAUUCCCUCUUUGCACUUCUCAAACCCGUCACCAUCUCGCUUGCCAUCUCGUUGCCCACUGCCCUUGUCCUCCCGCUCAAGGCCCUUUUCGUCAGCUGCGCAUCCCAAGGCUGUCCGAACUGGCACGGACCAGACAAUAGGCCCCCGCUCGCGUUCGUGAUGGACACAGCCCAAUUCGUCGACACGAUCGCGGUGCCGCUCGCGCUCAUUCUUCUGGGUGCCUCGUUCGCGAGGAUCAAGGUGCCGCGGCCGCUGUCGCGCCUACCGAUCAUGGCCAUGCUCCUCGUGACACUUGCAAAGAUGGUGGUGCUGCCUGUGAUCGGCGUGGUCGUCGUGCAGGCCAUGGUGCGUGGCGGGUUCAUCCCCGCGGAUGCAAAGGCGGAGAGGUUUGUGGCCAUGCUCUUGAGCGGUACGCCGUCCGCUGUCAAUCAGAUGAUCGUCUCCUCGCUCUAUGCACCGGAUGGGAAUGUGGAUACGUUGGCAGCAUUCCUCCUCGUCCAAUGUGAGUUUUGCAAGCUACAGAACGCUCUGCCCAGUGAGAUAAUGCUCUCCGCUUCAUAG